GGCUCGGCGCUGCUGCUGCUGCUGCUGCUCGAUCGAGCCUGCUCCCGGGCAGUGAGUGCAGGAGAAUCCUCCCCUCCCUCUCGCCGCCCGCCCGCCUGCCUUCCCGUCCUUCCCUGCCUCCCAACUCCCCGCGAGCACAGAGAGACCAUCCCCUCGUUGCAAUCCAGCCCGCUCUUCCAUUCCCAUCCCCGGAUCCGGACACAUGGAACUGCUGUGCGUGGAGGGGGUGAUCCGGGCGAAGCGCGAUCCGCAGUUGUUAAAGGACCGGCGGGUGCUGCAGAAUCUACUCAGCCAGGAAGAGCGCUACAGCCCGCGGGUCUCCUAUUUCCAGUGCGUGCAGAAGGAGAUCCAGCCCUAUAUGCGGAAGAUGUUGGCUUUCUGGAUGUUGGAGGUUUGUGAGGAGCAGAAGUGUGAAGAAGAGGUGUUCCCCUUGGCUAUGAAUUAUGUGGAUCGCUACCUGUCAUGUGUCCCCACUCGCAAAAAUCACUUGCAGCUUCUGGGAGCCGUUUGCAUGCUCCUGGCCUCCAAGCUGCGAGAGACCACACCUUUAACUGUGCAAAAGCUCUGCAUUUAUACAGACAAUUCUAUCACACCAUGUGAAGUUUGGGACUGGGAGUGUUUAGUCUUAGAGAAACUAAAAUGGGACCUCGUGUCGGUAAUAGCAAAUGACUUCCUGGAUCAUAUUCUCCAGCGGCUGCCACUUCCCCAACCUAAGGUGGACUUGGUGAAGAAACACGCACAGACAUUUAUUGCAUUGUGUGCUACAGAUUACACUUUUGCUAUGUACCCACCAUCCAUGAUCGCUACGGGUAGCAUUGGAGCGGCGGUCCACGGCCUCUCUACCUCAUCUGGCAAUUUCUCUGGCGAGGCACUUACAGAUCUGCUUGCUGGCAUUACAGGCACCGAGGUGGACUGCCUGAAAGCUUGCCAGGAGCAGAUUGAGGCUGCGUUAGCAGAGAAUCUGAAACAGACUUCCCGGCCUCUGCAAGAAUACAACCCCUCCAAGAACGCUGUUCACCCAGACAGCCAGGAGGUCAGCCUGACCAGCACACCUACGGAUGUCACAGACAUCAACCUGUGAUCAAACCCUCCUUGUGACCACCCAUCUCCCAGCAAGUAGAGCUUGGCCCAGGAAAUGAAGAGGCUUCCUGAAACAUUCUGCCUGCCCCUGUUAUCACCAAGGAACAAAGGGAACGGGAGCGGAUUUCCCCCGUGAACAUCAUCUUUGUAAUAAGGCUGUUGGAAGUGGGUGGGACUUGAAAGGGAGUCUACAUUUUGCAGUUAGGACUGUUUUGCCCUUGCUAGUUGCUGAUUUAUUUCCUUGGAUCAGGGGAGCCUCACAGGGUUGGCUGAACCAUACUUGAACUUGGGAGGGAUGGGUGGGCACAACGCCCAUUCAAAACGUCCCUCAGUUUGGGUUUGCUUUGUGGGCGGGGCGAUGCUGAUCACUGCUAUUUUGUCUCAAUCUUUGCUGCAUGCUUGUUGCAUGCGCGUCAGGAGACGAAACGCACUUUUGGUUACCUAAAUCACCUUCCAUGAAGAACGUUCACCUGAGACCUCCUUGGCUACGAUUGCUUUGCUCAUGCUGCCACAUAUAUGGGCACUGGUAAGAGACCAAGAUCUAUGAAGUAUAGAGCUGGGAUCCCUUUCCAGCUUCAAUGGAUACCAAGGAAGUUCUUAGUUUUCCUUUGGGGAAUGAUAGUAGCACAAUUGGG